GUAUAUGGGCCUGCUGGAAGAGGGCACAUGUACAUUGUACACCCGCCGAUUCCGCGUUGUUGACCGACGAACUUAUAGACAGAUGUAGCCUGUAAUGGCCGGACGAGGAAUGCCGGAGACAGAGUAUUGUGGCACUCCUAGGAAGAAGCCUGCACGAAUACAGUGCAAAAUGAUCUUAUUAACCAUAAUAGGUACAUGAUAAUACCUAUCCAAAUUUGAUUCAGUAUAAAUAUUCUAUUAUCUUUAAUGCCAUCUACUUGCCAGCAUUUGAAUCAAGUUGUAACUCUGGUUAGAUGAUAGGGUAGGGCGGGCGGUAAUCCACGGUCGACCGCGAGAGGGCGCCCCGGCGGAGGGCGGGCGGCGCGCGGCGAGGGCGGCUGCGCGCGCACGGUUACAUAACGAGGGCUCCUCGACAGCGCAGCGCCAGCGAUCGAUGCGCGAGUGGCUCGCGCCGGGCGGGGGGAGUCAGUCGAGCGGCGAGCGAGCGACAUGGCGGCGCGCCCACCCCGCGCGGCGGUCCCGCGCCCGCGGCCCGGGCCGCGCGAGUAGGUCGCCAUGCGCGAUGCGGUAUGAGGCAUCGCCGCGCCCGGCGGGCCGGCCCCCGCUAGCGGCGCCGCCCCCGCCAUGCGAGCGCCGCCGCUGCUGCUGCUGCUGCUGAUGGCGGCCGCGGGUCUGGCCGUGAGUCCGCUCGCGCGCCUCAACCCCUGGCUGAGCGCGUGCGACCUGGAGGAGGAGGGCGCGGGCGGCGCGCGCGAGUGCAGCGGGGCGGCGGCGUGUGGCGGCGGCGGCGCCGAGCCGCUCUCGGCGCGCGACGUGCCGCGGCUGUGCGCGCUGGCGGCCGGCGAGCGCGCGCGGCGGCUGAGCGCGCUGCGGCUGCGCGCGUGCUGCGAGCGCUCGCCCGCCUCCGCGCUGGACGCGGCCGCGCGCGCGCACGUGCAGGCCGGCGGGCCCAGCUGCGAGCACACGCUCUUCGACUUGCUGCGUCUGGACGAGAUGGUGGCGCGCGUUCACUGCGACUUUGCCGAUAUCCUCACGCGCUACGACUGCGAACAGUCAUACUCCGUUCAUACUUGUCACGAGUGCCAGGAGACGUACCGGCGGUGGGCGUGCAGCACGAUGGUGCCGCUGUGGGUGGAGGAGGGCGCGGAGGCGGAGGGCGGCGAGGCGGGCGACGAGGCGGGCUCGGGGCGCGCGCGGCGCGGCGGCGAGGCGGCGGCGCGGUGGCGCGCGAGGCACCUCGAGCGCGUGGGGCACCUGGACCGGCGGCGCGGCGGCGGCGUGGUGGGCCGCUGGGUGCGCGCCGCCGCCGCGGGGCCCGGCCGGCCGCUGGCGCGCCUCAAGCCCUGCCUGUCCGUGUGCCAGCUGGUGGAGCAGCACUGCCCCUACUUCCUGCCCGCGGACCGCGCGCCCGCCUACCCCACACAGUAUGCCGGCGAGCCCACGUUUCUGUGUCUCGACGAGCGGAUACCGGAGACGGGCGGGCAGGCCAACAACUCCAACUACGGGCCCGACUCGUGCUGCUACUGGCACUGCAGCGGGCGGCUGUGCUACCGCUGCUCCACGCGGCUGGCGGCGGGCGCGGGCGGCGCGGCGCCCACGUGCGCGGCGGUGGAGGAGCGCGUGCCGGGCUGCUCCGUGCCGUACCAGGCGCCGGGGGCGGGGCGCCGCGCCGCGCCCGCGCCGCUGCUGGCCGCCGCCGCGCUGCUGCUGCUGCUGGCGCACUCACGGACCGCUCUAGCCGCGUGCGUGCCUAUAGUGAAUGUGCGCGACUCGAGGUUAUAGUUUUACGUUUUUGUGCGUCGCACCCCCGCGUGCCGCGAGCGCCGGACUACGACCCGAACUUCUAUUAGUGGUGAACUUAUGAUAAUAAAUUACACUUGGUCUCAAGCUCGAUGAUCCCCGCGAGCCCGCGGGGGGCGCGGGGGACGCGCGGGGGACGCGCCGUCGCGGGCCGCGGGGCUGCACUGUAACUAAAUGUUUGUAUCAGAUUGAUUGUUCACACCUGGUACUAUAGAAACACCAAUAUUCUGAAUGGUUAUUUAUGCAUUCGAUCACAUACGCUUGCGUUAUUCGCCGAUAUUCCGGCCAAAUGUUAAUGUUUUCGACACAAUUUGUAAAAAAGUCACGAGAAAUAAAGAAAGUUACAUAAUAUAUAUAUUUUAAAUAGUGUUUUACAGUUUCAACAUUAAUAGGCACUGUUUUUUAUGUUAUUUUUGCUAAUAGUUUACAUAUAGAGAGAAUUUUGUGCAAUCAUUGUUAAUACAGAAAUAAAGCUCUCAAAAUUAAUUAAAGUUAUACGUACAUUAUAAGAUUUCCGUUCAUAAAUUAGUGGUCCCGUUAAAAUGGAUCUUUACAAGUUGUUACUCUUGCAAACACCAAUAAAUAAUAAUAAAUGUUACUGAUAUACAACAGCUCUAUUGACAUGUGAUACGGAGGCUUCAUCCCGCGGCGCUCAGCCGGCGGCCGGUGCGUACUGUAUUUUAUACACAAUGAAGAUGAAGUGUUCUAACUCAUUUUGAUCAUAGUGACAAUAGAUGCGUUUUGGAUCGUUUGUAGAAAGUUAUUUUUCUAAUGUUGCAUACACCGCGCGGGGGCGGGGGCGGCGCGGGCGCUGCAGCCUCCAGCGAGCAACACUUUUGUAUGUAGGCACUUAUUUAUAAACAAUAUUUUGUACAUAGUGUCGAAGGUCCGCCACCCGCCGCCGGCGCCGCCCCUCCUCCAUCGACUGCGGAAGCCUAAAUUGCAGGUCUUCUAAUACGAUAUUGACUUAAAGUAAUAUAGGCAUAAUUAAAGUAGUUGUUGUUUUGUAAGAAGUAAAAAUGUGACUAUACAUAUAAUGUGAAUUAUAUGUAAUAUAUCCGUCUUAUGAAGUAUCAGUCAAGAUUAGAACAGAAUUAACAAGGAUAAAAUGAUUUUUAUAUCAAUUGAUUUUUUAAUAUAUAUUAUUUUAUAUGUAUAUUGAACGUAUUAUGAUGUUUGCCGUCACCGAGAUACUUUAAUAAUUAGGUUUAAAGUAUUUGUUAGUUUAUUGUAUUAUUUUGAAAAAAUAUUAAAAGAUAGAGGUGUUGAAUAUUAUGUGAUUGAAACAUGAAAAAAUAUAAUUAAUGGUUAUUAAGACUUUAUUGAAUGGAUAUUUGUUGAGAUAUUAUCCCUCGAAGGGGAUGUAGUUGUUGUAUUCAAAAUGAUAAAAGAUAAUAAUAUUAAGUAAGUUAUUUUUUACUUUUUGUAUCAUGUACAUAACGACAAGGACGAUUUGUUGACUUCUAAUCCCGAACUUGUUUCAAAUCUGAUCAUAUACGAAGGUGCUAAAGGUCUAUUACUGCUUCUUUCGUCACGGCUUCGUUGUACUCACAUACCCACUUACUAAGUACUCACGUACUGGCGUACUCCUGUUGGUAAUCACCGCCCAUUUUGCUUUCACCUCGAUAAAUCAUCUGUCGUUGCAAAUAUACCUAUUUUAGACAUAUACAUACAUAUAAUUGUUGGUCAGUAGUCUAACGUAACUGAAUAUGACUGAAAGCCAAUUGCUAUUUUUUGCCGGAUAAUCUCAAUAAAGUUUCUUUCAAAACUUUACUUUUGUGUGUAACAGUUGCAUUACACUGAAUUAUGGAUUACCUUUUUGAUAAAUUAAACGUGUUCAUUAUUAUUUCACAUACAGAACUUCACAAAUCCAAAAAAAUAUUUGUUUGUAUGUAAAUUGUUCAUAAAAUCUUUAUACAUACAAAAAUUUCAAUCGAUAUUUCAAAUCUCUAUUUAACGCGUACCGCGCACCCUUUGUCGUUCACUGCAAGUUUAUGAAAUCUCGUUUAAUUAACAUAUAGUAACAGUAGUCAACGCGAACACGUAACCUACUUGUCUAAAACUUCGAAAGAGCGUGAAAACUUCGUCAAUUCGAUAUCAACCACACAUUCGUAGGUUUAAUAUAUUUCAGUAGUCCAAUCUAAAUCACUGUAGCUGAUUUUAAUGAGGUCACUCGCGUAUGUAAAAAUCCUAUCGAGGGUAUCUAAAUUAGUAAUAGAAAUGAAUUAACUAGACCAUAAUUAAUUGGAACAAUUUGAAGCACUCGUUAAAACUCACACGUUUUCCAUACGAUCCUCUUCUUCGUAGUAGUGUCGACUCUCUCGUUCGUAUGGUUCUUCAAGUCUUCUCUGUCUGUCUGUCGCUGUCUAGAGUAGAUGUUAUAUCGACCAAACGAGAGGAGUCUGGCGGGUCUUCACCAACUACCCCAAUCUUAAAACGUGAGUCGAAAUCAUUCUUAACGUAUCAUUUGCAACAUGCAGUUUCACAGUAAUGAGUCUUUUAUAUUUAAAUGCGAGAUAGGUACUCUUAAGAAAAAUAGAAACUUUAAUUAGAUUGCGUUACAAUCUGCAGAUGCCUUGUAUUUUACAACAUUAAGGAAUAGGGUCGCAAUUUGAGCAAUAAUACAAUUGUUAAUACAUAACGAAGUAGCCAUCCAAGAAUAAUUCACUUGAUACAGCGAGUACCUAAGUCGAGUCGGGUUUAGAUUGUGUAUACAUGGUGAUCGUCACGAGAUGCGGUGUGCGCACAGCGCGGGCGGGCCACACUACAGGGGGCUCUCGAGCUUUACGAAACGAACGCUAUAUGUGCGCUUAAUACACGUGUAUUUCGUACCAUGAAUAUAAGUAAUAAGGGUAGGGCUGCGUUCCAAUAUAAACAUAAUCGUGGAGCCCUAGUGACACCCAGUCUAGUUUUUUACGGUAUACUACAUAAAAACAGAGCAUGUUCAGAUUCAACUUACAUUAUUCAAGUCCCACUUAAAGUUUAAAUUCAUACUUAAUGUAGGCUGUGAAGUAAUUAAUCGUUUUUCUAGUAGAUACUUGUACAAUGUACAAUAUAAGCUGUGUACUGUAAAAAAAUAGACUUCAUAGAUUAUGUACGGUCAGCUGCAUAAGUUACAUCAUUCACGCAACAAUUGGUAACUUUCAUAUUAAAUUAUUCAUCUUAACUAAAAUCAAACUGUACAAUGACAUAGACGGAAGGAAGAUGUUGUUACGGUAACUCUGACGUUGCGUUUUAAGCGGGCUCAUAUUUGUAGCAUUUUGGUGUAUCGUUUCUCCGUUGGUUGGCUCUUAUCUCUAGUUUUGCCGCAAAUAUUCACGGAAAUGCUAUAAAUAUGAACUAAUUUUUAUAACGUGUCACACAAAUUUUCGAAUAGACGUAGGUAUACGUACAUAUUUUCAGCUUGAAAAUCAAGAAGGGAUAGCAAGCGGGUACGUUAACCAAAAGUAUUAAACCACCAAUAUUAAAACAUGCGAAUAAUAAGAGAUGCGUCCGGGAUAUUGUGUUGGAAUGGGCAAUAAUUUAUCUGAUGGUACUUUGUGUCACAUAUAUACAUACACUGUGGCAAGAUCGGUUCAAGUAAUGUGCUCAGUAGACAUACAACUGUACAUACAAGUGUGGCAAGUCUGCGUUGUGUCGAGCGCCAACUCUCGGUUUUCUUAGCUCUAGAUAUACAUUAUAUUUGGUAUUUCGUUGAACGUUUGAUGUAGAGUGUACAUUGUUUUGUCGUACGUAUGUUUUGAUGUACAUAGGUAAAUUGUAAAUGUUUAACGCACAAAUAAUAAAAGUUGCUGAAGAUGUAAAGCUGUGUAUGAAACCUUAUAUAUUUAGCUGUUAACUGUAUCUCUGGGAUUAAUCAAUUAAGAAUACGAAUGUAGACAUUUCUGCGCUCUGGAUGCUGCCAAGGUUUUAUAAAAUUAAUUUUAUAUUUCUUAUGAAAGGGAAAUAAUAUAUUUAUGUAAUGCUAAUUCAGAUGCACUUGUUAAUAUUUUAUUGAGGUUAUAUUAUGUAUAUUGAAGAAGCGGGACUGCACAAGUGCACACGCGCGUCUCCCGUUACGCGCGCGGCCGCUGCAGCUCAUUUCAUUCAUUCGACACACCUUCAACGCACACACGCACAAAUUUGCAAUCACGCGGAAUAUAUAUGCUUUCGGGGACACCUUUGUUCAUUUACACUGAUUGAUAAGUUUAAAUUUCAACUCAAUAAUAACUAUCAAACUUACAUUAUGGUUAAAUCCGAUGAUUUGCGAAGCGGUCUUUCAAUGAUAAAUACAUUUUAACUUGCCACUACUACAAAACGCAAACUAUGAUGUCGUUGCUGGUUGGUACUACUUUGGUACACAUAAAUUCUAUGGGAAAGUUACUAGAGACUGCUACGAAACCGUUACGAGCUUGCUACGACAGCUACGAGCUUGCUACGGGAGUGCUACGACAGCUUCGAGCAAAGUGCGUUCACUUUAUGUGUCAUUGAAAGUGUGUGGCUUCCUAUUCCUAACAAACAAUAGUAUAACAUAGAUAUUAAUGUAAUGGGAAACACCAAAUGAUAGCCUUUUAAAUAUAAUAAACAGCCGGACAUAUCUGGUCUAGGUCAUACACUCUAUGAGAACUCGGUAUUUUUUCACAAGAAUAAAAUAUCAUGCCAAUCAAUAGUAGGUAGAUAAAGUUAAUGUGAUUUAAGUACAAAAUUAUUGUUUCAAGCAAGGAAUAUAGGUAUAAAUGUUAAUAGAGGUUCCAUUUGUAGUUAGCACUGCACCAUUUCCUACCAUACAGUUUAGUGAAUUACUAAUGCUAUUUUAUAAUCAAACUCAAUGACAAUAUUGCAACAGUUCUCGGUAUAUAAUGUAGGUACUUUGCGUCCGUGAACCAGGAAACAACGAAUAAUCUACAGUUACGGUCGAUUUAUUUUACACAUGGCAUUUGUUUUUUAGUAUUUUUUGCGUAUAAUCGAUUUAAAUCAUGCUGCUGACCUACGAAACAUACGUACCUAUUCGUAUCCUUAGUUACUACAAAAGCCGUUUUAUUUUUCUCAAGUUUUACCCGAAUGAAUACUUUAACAUUUAGAUGUAUUUAUUUUCUAUUGUUACAAACAACCUUUUAGAUAUAUAUGAAGCCCAUUAAUACAUUCAGUAGCCCACGAUGUUCUCGGCUGUGCGACAACUAUUAAUGUUAACAUUAUUUCUACUAAGUAAAGCUAAGGAAGGACAGGUUUGGCAAACAUAUUUGACUCUUUCACAAUUUCCUACUUAUUGAAGUAAUCGGCGAUGUAUGUGUUAGCUCAGCGUGUUCUAGUCGUAACAACCGAACCCAAUAGUAUAUGAUAUGCCUUCUAAGUUAGUGUUUAUUGUCGAUACAGGUAGGGCUAAGUUACAAACGCUCAUCACAGCUCGGAUUCGUACUAUGGCUAUUUUAUAAUAACGGCGUAAGGUUAUAAAAAAUAGUAGCGUAAUUUUAUCUCGAAAUUUGUGCCAGGACUCGUCAACUACUCAUCACAGUAUUCGUACAUCCGUAUCCUACGAGAGAAUCUAGCCGAAUUAAUAUAUGGAAAUAUAAACGCUAUGUAGUUUAAGAGAUUGGAACCGUCAGAAACAACGUUGCUUAUGAAUACAUUCUAAUUAAUAAACCGGAUAUUGAUCUGUGCUGCGCAGAAGCCCCGGAUAGGGCCAGGCCCGACAGUGUCUCUUCUGUAAUGACAUUCCUCGCCAGGUCUCACCUCAGCUCCUAGGUAGAACUGGAAGACCUUGGACUAAACGCCGAUCUUAGGUCUCAAGUUCCGAGCAUGUUGUCACUCCAUAUUGAGGCGUAAACUAUUUCAUAUUUUUAUUACUUUGUAACAUUGUCUGCUGUUGUUGAAAUAAGUACUAUAAAUAUAAUGUAUGAAUUUAGAGUUCGUUCCAUUUUUGGAUAUUCAUGUUUUAUAUUGAUUUGGUAGUUUUGUGUUAAAUUAUACUACUUAUAAGGUUUCUACAUGUUAUAUGGAUUAUGAUUUGAUUUAUUGAGUUAAAAAGAAAGUAAAAUAAGAAAUAAUGUAAUAUUAAAAACUGUAACAGAUUCUAUUGAAGUAUUUGUUGAUCACUCUAAAAUUAUUUAUUCAUACGUUUCUGUGUAUAAACCAAACAUUCUUACUAACCAUUACCUAUAUUAUUAUUUUCUUCCGUCUGUGUAAAAGUUAAUUUAUAGUUCAAUACGUUUAUGUGUAAAAUUUAUAUCCAAAUAAAUUCCUACAUAAAGUUAAUAUAUUAUGUAAUUGCAAAGACGAAUACGUAGAUUUACUGACUCAGGUGCCUGCAGAUGUGGAGGAGUAGAGGAGACCAAUGAUUUAGAGUGAUCAGCGACUAUAGUUACAAAAGUUUUAUCAUUCUUGUCUAUCAUCGCAUUGAUUCAAAGCUUAUAUGUUCUAGAUCAUAUAAAUAUAUACAUAUAUAUUAUGUAUUGUUACAAAAAUUAUAAUAAAAAAACCGUGCAUCUCAAUAUUUUUGUCCCAUCAUAGUAUAUAUUACCUAACAAAAUAUUGGAAUGGCAAUCUUUGACUAAAGGGCUGUUUUAGUAUAAUUUUAAUCUACUCGAAUAAGACAGUAAAGUUGCCUAAAUGAUAGUGAGAGAGGUAGCGUAGUAUAAAAUCAUUAACUCGUAAUUACAUAACAAUAAGUAGUCCGGCGAGCGCGGGUAGCCGCGGCGCCGUCCAUCACUGCCACUGCACGCGGGCGAGAUAUAUUGAUAUGAUCUAGGAUGGUGUCGUAGAUGUUUCGAGUAGUGAUCGUAUACUCAUUCUUAUGUUACGCCUUCUAAGAGAUUACCACUGUUAGGGAGCGCCGGACGGGCGUGCGAGCGCGGCGAC